AUGUCUGAAAAAAAAGAAGAAAGUUUCAUUAAAAUUAUAGAAAAUAAUAAUGAUUCUAAAGAAAAUAUAACGGAAUUAAAAAAAGUUAAUAUUAAUAAGGAGAAAUGUCAAAUAUGUAACUUUGAAAUAAUUGAUAAAUUUUGUUGUAUGAUUGAUAAUUUAUAUUAUCAUAAUAAUUGUCUUAGUUGUUCAAAAUGCCAAAAAAAUCUUUCUGAUUCAUUAACAUGUUUUUUUAUUCAUGGACAGAUAUACUGUAAAGAUGAUUAUAUUAUAUUUUUUACUAAAAAAUGUAAACGUUGUCAAAUUAAUUUAAAUGCUUCUGAUUAUGUACAACGAAUAAAUAGUGAUCAUUAUCAUCCUCAAUGUCUUACAUGCAUUUAUUGUCAAAGAAUUAUGGAAAAAGGUGAAAUUAUUCAUCUUCUGGAAGGUGAAGUUGUUUGUUCUAUGGAUUAUACAACAAUUAUGGGAUGCCCUUUAACAACAAAAUAUAUGAAGCCACAAAUACAAACAGCUGGAAUUUCAUUAGGUUAUGGAAUACCAAGUAAUAAUAUUGACAUAGAUCUUUAUAUUCCACAUCAUUCUUUACCAUUUUAUUGUAAUGAAAUGAUUGAUUCUAAUGGAAAAGGUUCAAAACGACCAAGGACUAUAUUAAAUAAUCAACAAAGAAAAGCAUUUAAAAUUGCUUUUGAAAAAAGUGCUAAACCAUGUAGAAAAGUUCGUGAACAGUUAGCUAAAGAAACAGGUUUAUCUGUUCGAGUAGUUCAAGUAUGGUUUCAAAAUCAAAGAGCUAAAAUAAAAAAAAUUAAAAAGAAACAUGAUGGUGGAAGUAGUGAUAAUCUAAUUGAUACAGAAAUGGGAAAUGAUUCAACUGGAAAGAUUGAUGAAAGAAAUUCCUCCAGUCCAUCAUAUAAAUCAGAUGAUAAUGAUUCAGAUGAUGACCUUAUAGAUGAUAAUAAGGGAAAAUCUGUUGAAUCAAAUCACGAUUAUCCAAUAGCAAAACUAUAUAGUAUGCAUAACACUUAUUUUGAUUUUUAA